AUGGAACGUCCUAUCAGAGACAAUAUCACGCGGCAUGAUUCCCUUACCGACGUCCAUGAGGAAGAUUUGUUCGAAGAUGCGAGGUCUAGUUGCAGUGAGGUGGUAGACCAGUUGGAGGCAGUCGAAGACAAGACCCUUUCGGCAUCUACUCGUGUAUUCCAGACUGCAGAGCUACUGGAGCGCAUAUUGCUGCAUGUCGUGACCAAGAGUGACCGUACCAGUGCACGGACACUCUUGCGAGCUAGCGCAGUGAACAAGGCCUGGCGUGAGGCCAUUGCCAAGUCUCUAGAGCUCCAGAGACGAAUGUGGUUAUGCCCUCGCCCGCAGUCGUUCUCAGGCCAUGACGACUAUGACUACAGCAUCAAAACAGUUGUCUACUUCAAUCCUAUUCUCUGGGCGACGCAGCCCAAACACUGCACAAUCGACGUCACGAAUGCUCAGCUCAGCACGGGAAGCCGAGGGCCGGGAAGUUGGCGCCAAAUGCUGGUCGCUACAGCAAGCCGAGCCAAGUUUCAUGUAUUAGUUGAAGUGGGAGACCUUCCGGUUGCGGUCGUAGAGUGCAACGCCGACAUCACAAUGGGAAUGCUGCUGGACAGGGCGAGGAAGAAUGCGGCCACGAGUUCAGAUCUGGAAAGGCCCGUGAAGAAGUACGUCUGCAAGGAGUACAUCUGCAUCCAAGGUAAUUUGCCAGAGUGGGAGACGUGCGAGAAGUGUCUAGGCCUCGAAGUAUGA